GUGGGGAUGAAUUUAGCGCGCUUGGUGACAUGCCUCGCGCCAGGUGCCAGAUCACAGUGAGAGACGCCCUUAAAAUCAACUACACACAGCAGCAAAAAGCCGAGUAAACGUUAAAGUCAGUUGAGAUAGACCACGGCCUAGAGAGUAUAUGGCUGGUGCCUGGUGAUGUCAGAGGAAGAGGCCUGUCUGGGCUCCCAGAUAUGAAUAGAGAAGAGGAGGAGGAGGAAGAAUCACAUGAGGUGUUGCUGAGCGUGUUUGCCCAGCAUGUGCAGUUGGGGUUGUGUUUCUAUGACAGCAGAGACUUCACUCUGCACUACAUGCCUGACACCUCAGACAACCACAAGCUCCAACUGUUGGCCAGAGUGGUCCAGGAGGUGAGCCCUCAUGUGAUCAUGACUCCUACAACUCAUCCAGAAUGCCGCAGCCCCUCUGGUGUUCAACCUUCCCAAGUUCUCUCACGUCACCCCGCUCCU